AUGCCAUCAGCCCAUGUCGAAGAAGAAAAGCCCAAGAUAAAUCACCAAGAGUCAAUUCCCGACGAUGAGGCCCUUAAGCCGCCGCCACAAGAGCCAAAUGCAGACUACUCGGGAUCGCAGAAGAAGACCGACCCAGAGGAGAUCCGGCUCGUGCGCAAGAUUGAUUUCAUCAUGAUGCCUAUUCUGUGGAUCAUGUAUUGGUUCAACUAUCUCGAUCGAAAUGCGAUCACCGUUGCGAGACUGGAUGACCUAGAGGACGAGUUGAACCUUUCUUCGACACAGUAUCAGACCUGUGUUUCGAUCCUGUUUGUCGGGUAUAUCUUGGGACAGAUUCCUAGUAAUAUGUUGUUGACCCGCGUCCGUCCCUCCCUCUUCAUGUCCGGUGCAAUGUGCCUAUGGGCUGUCGUCAGCACACUGACCGGAAUAUGCCACGACUUUAAGGGCCUCCUUCUGACCCGCUUCUUCCUCGGCAUAACUGAAGCGCCUUUCUAUCCGGGCGCUCUGUACAUGCUAUCUAUCUUCUACACGAAAAAGGAAAUCGCGACCCGCAUUUCCAUCCUCUUCACCGGCAACAUCUGUGGCACAGCCUUUGCCGGUCUCAUCGCCAUUGGCGUCUUCAAGAUGGGUGGCGUUGCUGGGCUAUCGGGCUGGAGAUGGCUCUUCAUUCUGCAGGGCAUAAUCACAUUUGUGAUCUCGAUCAUCGGUGCGUUCGUGCUGCCUGAUGAGCCACGGAAUACCAAAUGGUUGACACCCGCGCAACGAGAGCUGGCGCAUAACCGUAUGCAGAGGGAUACGGUAGAAGUGAGGGAGAAUACGGCGGCUUGGACGGGGCUGAAGGAGGCGGCCAAGGACCCUAAGCUGUGGGUGUUGACCUUCAUGCAGCACUUCCAUAUGGCCGCCAGCAAUUAUAAAAACUUCUUCCCAACAAUCGUGGAGACGCUCGGAUUUAGUCAAAAUGUUACCCUUGCACUGACUUGCCCGCCGUAUCUGGUUGCCGGAAUUAUUUCGAUUGGGUGGGCGUGGAAUUCAGGUCGCGUCAAUGAACGUACAUGGCACAUCACUGCUGCUAAAGUCCUUGCCGUGACUGGCUUCGUCGUCGCUUGUACCACCCUCAACGUGGGAGCACGGUACUUCUCCAUGUGUCUCUUUGCUACCGGGGUGUACUGCUGUAACUCGAUCAUUCUGGGCUGGGUGGCCUCAACGUGUGGGCAGACCAAGGAGAAGAAAGCGUCUUCAAUUGCGAUCGUCAAUACCGUAGCGGCAAUAUCAAUGAUUUACACUGCGUAUCUAUGGCCGGACUCUGAUGCUCCCCGCUAUCCGAUCGCAAUGGGGACAAGUGCCGCCUUCUCGGCCAUCUCGGCGAUUCUUGCGUGGGUACUCAAAGCAAUGCUUGUCAAGGAGAAUCGCAUAAUUCGGAGAUCGCAUGAUGAGCAGACGAUGUUUUAUGCCUACUGA